AUGGGCUUAAAAUAUCGAACGUACCUUGACGGCACAGCCAUCUAUGGGUGCACCAAAUGCAGAACCCAUCUAACCACUGGUGACGCUAUUGUGUCCAGGCAAUUUCAAGGUCAACAUGGUCAAGCUUAUUUGUUCAAUUAUGUUGUAAAUAUUCUCCAAGGUGAAGCCGAGGAUCGAUCAAUGACAACGGGCCUGCAUACCGUGAGAGAUAUCUCCUGCGUCAAAUGCAGCACAGUUCUCGGCUGGACUUACGUCAAAGCAUACAACGAUGACAACAAGUAUAAAGAGGGGAAGUUCAUUCUGGAAAAAAAACUGCUGACGGACGUUAAAUGA